AUGCUUUUUUUGGCGAUCGUCAGUGUGGAUCGUAAAAUCGCAAAAUUAAAUGAACAACAUCCCCCGACAUCGUUGCCAUCAACGUUUGGUCAAAAUGUUGAUUAUGGCUUUGUUAAAGAUUAA